AUGAUCGUAGGAGGAGAGGUGGAAAAGGAGGUGACUAGGGCAAUAGCGAAGAGCAAGGGCGGCGAAGAUGACGAUUCCGUAGAUGCCGGCGAAGGCAACGGUGAGGGCUACCAUGAUGAAUAUGGCAAUGGCGAUAACAAUGUUGGAGGCGUGAGCAAUAGUGAUGACGAUGGCAAGGGCAAGUUCCGAGGACAAGGGCGAGAACGUUCUUCAGAGACAAAAGCCACACUCUUAACGGAGCACUGGUUUAAUGUUUCGGUGUACAUCAGUUCCAACAUGAAUAAUUACUCCAGACAAGCAGAUAUUUUGGUGGCCAACGUGGAAGAAAGUGGUUCAUUUGUAUCUGUUGCGGGUCAUGGCUACGCUAUUCUAGGUGUCUGGCGCGAACACGCCAGCGGGCAGCGGCGCGCGACCCGAAUGGCGCGUGCGGUGCGCGGCCCGUCGCUCACGAGACGACGUCGCAGCCGCCGCCUCCUGGACUGCGCCGCCGUCGCUGCCACAGCUGCCACAGCUGCCACGUUGCCACGCCGCCACACCACCACGCCGGCGCAGCCCCACCGACGCAGCCACACCGACGCAGCCACACCGACGCAGCCACACCAACCUAUUCGACGCAGCCACACCUACCGCCUCUGA